CUCCUGGUCAGCGACAAGUACCGCUUCUUGUACUGCUACGUGCCCAAGGUGGCCUGCUCCAACUGGAAGCGCAUCCUGAAGGUGCUGGACGGGGCGCUGGAGAGCGUCGACGUCAAGCUGAAGAUGGACCACAAGAGCGACCUGGUGUUCCUGGGGGACAUGAGGCCGGACGAGAUCAGCUACCGCCUGAAGAACUACUUCAAGUUCGUCUUCGUGCGAAAACCCAUGGGGAACUCCGCGGGCGAUGACGUGACCUUCUCCGAGUUCCUGCGGUACCUGCUGGACGAGGAGGCGGAGAGGAUGAACGAGCACUGGAUGCCCAUCUACAACCUGUGCCAGCCCUGCGCCGUGAGGUACGACUUCAUCGGCUCCUACGAGCGCCUGAACGCGGACGCCAACUACGUCCUGGAGCGAGUCCAGUCGCCCUCCUCCGUCCGCUUCCCCGAGCGGCAGUCGUGGUACAAGCCCGUGACGGCAGAAACGCUCCACUACUACCUGUGCAACACCCAGCGCCGGCUGAUAAAAGAGCUCCUGCCAAAAUACAUCUUGGAUUUCUCCCUCUUUGCCUACCCCCUGCCCAACAUAACCAGCGAAUUCUGCAGGCAGUGA